GGUCUGUAGUUUGUUUUGCGAAUACGGUUUGCAUAAGGUGGAAGUACACGUGCUUAAAAUUGUUGAACCAAGGACUUGAUAAAUAGUAUUAUAAUGUCUGUGUAUCACGACGAAGUAGAAAUAGAGGAUUUUGAAUAUGAUGAAGAAACAGGGACCUAUUAUUAUCCUUGUCCGUGUGGCGACAGGUUUGAAAUAACAAAAGAAGAUCUUGCAAAUGGUGAAGAUGUUGCAACAUGUCCAAGUUGUUCUUUGGUUGUGAAAGUGAUAUAUAAUCCUGAGGAUUUUCAGAGAAAUGAAGAAGAGCAGUCUAUGAAAUCUGACAAAGUACAGCUGGAAGUUGCUAGAUAAAAUGUCAUCAGUUUGCUAUUUGAUGAUUCACCCAUUUGAGAGCCCUCUUGUACAUAUCAUUUGCUAGCAUCUGUAUAGAAUUUUUCAUCACUUACUAAAACAUUAUAUAAAUGCUUGCUUGUACAUUUCAAUUUUAACUUGUUUUUGCUUGUUAAGAUUUUCAUUUGUUAAUUAUUAAAUUUAAAACAAAAUAUAAAGUAAUUAAGCAAUUUGUAUUUGACUGCUUAUAUUUCAAAUGGUAAUAUUUGAAAAUAAAUGCUUAUGUAUUUUCAUUAACUU